AACCUUCAUGCAUUGCAUUGCGGCUGAGACCGCAGAAGAAUCAUGUCGUGCAAUUCGAUAAGGAAAAUGAAAUCACCGGCGAUUCUUGUAUGUUUAUGUGUUUUAUCCGUGAGAUGUUUGGCUCAACAGGAAAAUACAAAUGAAAGCAAUCCAAUUGUAACAGUAAAAGAAGGUAAGUUGAGAGGGACAGUGGCUACUCUUUUGAACGGUGCAUCAUAUUAUAGUUUCAAAGGAGUGCCUUAUGCUCUUGCACCAUUCGGGGAAUUGAGGUUUCAGGCACCAUUACCACCAAGAAGAUGGGACGGCAUACGAGACGCGAUCGAACAUGGCCCCGUUUGCACUCAAUACGACUUAUCAAUAUCGCAAAUUGUAGAAGGCAGUGAAGACUGUUUAUUUGUGAAUAUCUAUACUAAAUCUCUAAAACCAUCUGCAAAAAUUCCAGUCAUGGUAUUCAUUCACGGCGGUAGCUACAGUUUCAAUUCUGGCAAUUCUCAAACUUUCAGCCCCGAUUUGUUUUUAAGACACGACGUUAUAUUGGUCACGAUGAACUAUCGCUUAGAACUGCUUGGUUAUUUAUCUCUAGAUACUCCCGAAGUUCCAGGCAAUGCUGGAAUGAAAGACCAAGUAGCGGCAUUACGCUGGAUAAAAGCUAACAUUGGUCAUUUUGGGGGUGAUCCUAAUAGUAUAACACUUUUCGGAGAGAGUUCUGGUGGAAGUUCAGUUACCUCACAUCUCCUUUCACCGAUGUCUAAAGGCUUAUUUCACCGAGCAAUUGUUGAAAGUGGAACUUGCAUUCAAGAUUGGGCAAACGACAGAAAUGCUAAAGAAAGAGCGUUUAGAGCUGGAAAACUUUUAGGUAAAGAGACCAAUGACACAAACGAGCUGUUACAAUUCUUACGUAGUCUAAAACCAACUUUACUUACGAACCUUGCUCAGAAAACCAUGACUACAGAGGAGACUUUAAGAGGAUUACCAGAUUACUUCGUACCAGUAGUCGAAAAGAAAUUUAAAGGUGUUACAGCUUUUAUUGACGAAGAACCUGUGAAUAUUCUAGCUAAAGGUAAAGUGAACAAAGUACCUCUCAUGAUCGGUUACAAUUCAGCUGAGGGUUUGACUCUAAUAACAUUCUUGUUACCAAAACUUGAUUUUUAUAAUGAUAAUCCAUCUUAUCACGUCCAAAGAGAAAUUGCGGAGAAGGUAUCAGCGGACAAACUAAGAGAAUUUGGAGAGAGAAUCAAAAGAAUAUAUUUGGGUAAUAAGAACUUGACAAGAGACGAUCCACAAGUUAUCGAGCGUCUUGGAAGCGAUAUUCAUUUCUUUUAUAACACUCACCGCUUUGCUCAUUUGUACAGUGCUGCGGUCAAACCUGUUUACAUGUACAGAUUCAAUUAUGACACUGACUUAAAUAUUCUAAAGAAAUUCACGGGAUAUGCACAAUUAGAAGGCGCGAGUCACGGUGAUGAACUUUUCUAUUUGUUCUACAAUUUUUUGAACAAGAAACCUUAUGAUGAACAAGAAAAAUUAAGAGAAUUAGCUCUUAAAAUGACCUCCUUAUGGACCAAUUUUGCUAAAACAGGGAAUCCGACACCUGAUGACAGUUUGGGGGCAAAAUGGCUGCCAUAUACAAGACGUGGUAAGGAAUUCUUUAAAAUCGAAGAUAAGAUGUCAAUGGGGAAUUAUGCUAAUGGAGACAGGAUGAACUUCUGGAACGAAUUGUACAAAGAAGCUGGUGUUCCAUACAUCAAUGACAGCUGUUGAUCGUGAUCCAGAUAUAAACUAAAACAUCCAAACAAACUAAAUAUUUUUUAAUAAAUGCUUAGAUUGCA